AUGGAAGACAUCGUCGCCAACAAACCUAAAGCCUCAUUGGAGACCACAGAGAAAGUCAUCGUACCGCUCGACGACCUGCCACUCCCUGAAGAGCUCCAACAUCUCGACCAAGACGCGCAGCGCAAGCUCGAAGGCGGUCUUGUUAGGAGACUGGACUGCACGCUCAUGCCUGUUGUAGCGCUACUCUUUUUGCUGAAUAUUUUGGACCGGAAUAAUAUUGCUAAUGCGAAGGUGGCGGGGCUGUCAAAGACGCUGGCCAUCACAAAUGCGGAGUAUAAUACUUGUCUGAUGAUAUUUUAUGUCGGGUAUGUUAUCACCCAACUCCCUUCAAAUAUGAUCAUUACCAAAAUCCGACCUUCGUGGUACAUCUGCUGCAUCACGUCCGCCUGGGGCAUCGUGUCCAUGUCUCAAGCCUUCACGCGCAACUUUGGCGGCCUCUUCGCGUCGCGAUUUACCCUUGGACUGGUCGAAGCGCCUUUCCUACCUGGUGUUUUCUACCUCAUGAGCUGUUGGUAUAAGCGUACGGAGCUUCCGCCGCGAAUCGCCAUCUUAUAUGGAAGCAAUAUGCUGGCUAGUGCGUUUGGUGGAUUGAUCGCGGCGGGUAUUGUUGCGCGGAUGGAAGGCAAGGCAGGCCGGCCUGCUUGGGAAUGGCUCUUCAUCAUCGAAGGCAGCAUGACGAUUGUUAUAGCCCUCCUCUGCGUCCCGAUCCUCCCCGACUUCCCCCUUCAAAAGACUAACCCUCUCCUUAAGCGCGAGCACCAACUCUUCGCCGAAUGGCGCAUCCGCAAGGAGAACGCCGGUAUCCGCGACGAAGACCCGGAGUCCAUCUGGUGGGGCCUGAAGCAAGCACUCAUCGACCCGAAACUAUACAUGUUCAUCCUACUGCAGAUGAUGCUCAUCACUGCACAGUCAUUCAACAACUUCUUCCCGAGUAUUGUCGGCACCUUGGGGUACAACACGACGAUCACGCUGCUGCUUACUGCACCGCCAUAUUUGUUUGCCUUUUUUGUCUCGCUAUGCGUGUCGUUCCAUGCCGCGCAUAAGGGCGAACGUGGAUGGCAUAUCGCCGUCCCCAUGAUGUUUGGUCUGUUGGGAAAUCUCUUAGCAAUGUUCGUCCCCACCCUCGGCGGCCGCUACUUCUCCAUGUUCCUCAUGACUUCUGGCACCUACUCCCCCUACAAUCUCUGCGUCUCCUGGCUCUCCGCUUCGCUACCCCGCCCAGCCUCCAAGCGUGCCGCAGCACUCGCAAUUAUCAACCUUAUGGCUGCUGGUGUAGCACACUUCUAUACUAGCUAUGCGUUCCCCGAUACGCAAAAGCCGCGAUACUAUGGGGGAGGUGGCAUGAUGAGCGCAGCCUGCCUGAUUUGCUCAGGCAUGGCGCUGAUCAUCAAGUAUUAUCUGAAGACACAGAAUAGAAAGAUGGAGAGGGAGGAGGUUGAGGAGGGAAGGGUUGGUGGCGGGAUUAAGGGAAGUAAGGCGGGUCAUGGUGGGGACCCUAUUGUGAGAUUUAGAUAUGUGCAUUGA